AGCGCGUCUCUAACGUCAAACUCAAGCUUCGACCCGUGUGCGCAUCGUAGCGAAGUUUUUAUGUCUCAACCGACCUUGGUAGAGGUCGAAGCUCCUAUCAAGAUAUGUGGAGAUAUACAUGGCCGAUACUACGACCUAUUGCGUGUCUUCGAAUUCUCGGGAUUUCCACCUGAGUCCAACUAUUUGUUCUUGGGCGAUUACGUCGAUCGGGGUCGACACAACAUCGAGGUCGCGGCUUUGAUGUUCGCGUACAAAAUCAAGUACCCAGAAAAUUUCUUCCCCUUAAGAGGUAACCACGAGAGCGCCGGUGUCAAUCCUAAAUAUGGUUUUUUGGACGAGUGCAAACGUCGAUACAACAUGAAGGUGUGGAAGCUCUUCUCUGAUACAUUUAACUGCUUGCCAGUGGCAGGACUGGUCAGCGAUCGCAUCUUGUGUAUGCAUGGAGGAAUCAGUCCCGAUUUGCACAGUCUCGAGGAUAUCCGAAGGAUUGUCAGACCUACCGAGAUACCUGAUAACGGUCUUCUCUGCGACCUACUCUGGAGCGAUCCCGCAAAGGACCAGAUCGGCUGGGGACCCAGUGAGCGCGGGGCUGGUUAUGCUUUCGGGCCCGACAUCGUCUCCAAAUUUCUGCAGAAGUUUGAUCUUGAUCUCAUUGCCAGGGCCCACCAAGUUGUCGUCGAUGGCUACGAGUUCUUUGCGAAUCGACAACUGGUCACGCUUUUCACUGCGCCGAAUUACUGUUCAGCGCAAGAUAACGCAGCAGGUGUAAUGACAGUAGAUGAAAAUCUGUUGUGUAGCUUUGCUAUCCUAAAACCGGAUGACGAGAACUACCAAUUCCAUAGGUUCGGCAACAACAUAUCAGGUCGGAAAGCGCCUAUCAAGCCACCGCGAGCCAGAAACACCCGGAUCGCAGCUUGAUAGCAGGCAGGAGCAGCGCAACGGAGAUCGCUACCCAUCUCUAAUAGUCGCCAUUGGGAUUGCGAUCCCAAAUUGUUGUCUACCCUUCGAGCUCCAGCCUACUUGUAAGGGACAGUCUAUCACAAAGCUCGUACAUGUACAGAGUCAGUCCAUCAUCAUCGUCUGUAUUAUUCUUUAAUGCAUGUCCGUCCCAGCG